CGGGGUUAGAGUUGAAAGGGGAUUGUGCUGCUGCAAAGGAAGGUGUUUCUCAAUGUCUGAUCUUCACAGACACAGGCCGCAUGUCAGUUAAAGAAUUGGUUGCUGUAAACGCCAUGGAGGAAAUAGAAACGGAGGAGGAGAAGCUUUUUAAAAAGCAUCGUAAGGAAAAGAAAGAAUUACAGGCUAGAAUACAGGCAAUGAAAAGUGCUGUCGCUAAAAAUGACAAGAAAAGAAGAAAACAGCUGGUAGAGGAAGUUGCAAAAUUUGAGGCCGAAUUGGAACUAAAGCAUGAGGAGGAACUUAAACAGCUCACUCAAUCACUUGAUAAAUCUAGUACGGUUGAAUCAUCUACUAAUGGAAUUGCAAAUUUAGAAUUGGAGAUUGAAAAUGGGAAAGCAAUUAAGCAGUCUCGGAUAUCCAAGGCGCAGAAAAGAAGGGAAAAGAAAGCUGCUCAGGACAAAGAAAGGGAAGAGAGAAUAGCUGAAGCUGAAAUUGAGAACUUGAAAGGAGCCAGGCACCUGGAAAAGCAGAAACUUGCUGAAAUCCUUGCUAAAAGGCAGUUGCAGAUCAAGCAGAUACCAUCUGAUGGUCACUGCAUGUACAAAGCUAUUGAAGAUCAACUUAAAAAACAGAACGGUCUAUUGACCAUUGCAGAGCUAAGGACACGGGCAGCUGAGUACAUGAGAAGUCACGUGGAUGAUUUCCUACCUUUUCUGACCAACUCUAAUACAGGAGACAUGUAUACACCUGAGGAAUUUGAAAAGUACUGUGAUGAGGUAGCCAACACAACAGCCUGGGGUGGACAACUUGAGUUGAGGGCUUUGUCUCACGUUUUGCAAAUGCCAGUGGAGGUGAUACAAGCUGACUCUACUCCAAUCAUAAUAGGUGAAGAGUAUGGAAGCAAACCAAUAAUUCUCGUGUAUAUGAGACAUGCAUAUGGUUUGGGAGAACAUUAUAACUCUGUAGAACAAUUAACUGACUUACCUACAGAAGAUAUAUGCUAAAUACUGAUCAGCAUUUACAUUUUACUUCUUACAUCAAAGUAUUUGAAUUUCUCAGUUGUAAUUUUCAUGUUGAGCUGAAAAUUGUACUACUUUCACAGUUCAUGUGGGGUAUUUGAAAAUGAUGAUGCAUUUCCCAGUUUUUCUUUCUUGAACAGACCAUUUAAUUGUGUGAAGACCAGCAAUAAAAGCUGAAUGAAGACUGCAUGUGUUCAUUGGGAUUAAACAAUGUCAGUGAUCCUGCUGUUCAGUAUAUGCUGUGCAUAGUGAGACAAAUAAAAUUUCAGAAGUGAAAAGCAAUGAAAAUGGGCCCAGUAGGUUGUUUCAAUCAGGCAUCCAUGUUUUCUGUAAAAGGAAGUUGCAGCAGUUGACUUCUAAUUAUUAUUCAGUGUUAUAGCACAAACGUGUAAUGCUUACUUUAUAUUUUGUAUCAUUAAAUUUUAAGAUAUCAUGCUGUAA